UCGAUAAAACUUAUUUCAUAAAAUGAAUCCAUAUUUUUUUUAAUAUAUAUUUUGACCGUGUUGACAGAAUAAGCCGACUUAGCGUGACAGAUGGUCGAUUGGAUGACAAGGUUUAUCUCGGACAGAUAUAAGUGUUUUAUUUAUAAAAGACUCAUGAAAUGUUUAUUCCAGCAAAACACCUUAACCUGUCGACUGUCGUGAAACAGAUUGGAAUAACUCGUCUCAAAUCCCAUCGCUGGUUCAUGCUUGGAUGCGCAUGGAGACCUACCCUAUAUUGGUAGCUAUUUAGAUUUAAUGAUCUAAUAUUUUGAUAGUUCGUUGCUAACGAGGUAGGCGAUCUUGUCAUUUAGGGCUCAACAGCAUAUUAAUAUAGAAGGAGCGAGGAUAGCGCGGAGGAUUUAGUUGUCAUCACCCUCAGACAGUAAGCUUGUUCUGAAUAACACUGCACGAACACCCAGGACUUUCCUCCACUGCAGGUCACCGACAUGUCGUUUCGACAAGGAGAGUACAUUAGUUGUCAUCAAUUCGAUGAGUAGGAGUCUGUGUUCUUGUUACGAAAGGAAUCAUCUUUCUUUAAAGGAACAGUGAUUGUGUAAAGAUUGUGUGGUAUCGCUGCUAUCAGAGUGUUACACCAGCAAUGGGACACCCACAGCUUGCAGCGAUCUGUGUUCAGGCCAUCCUAACAGUUCUGUCCGCCAUUGAACACUCGACGCAGACGACACUGUAUCCGGUAUUCGACACAUCGCCCGUCAACAUCACAACAACAUCCGGGCGGACAGCUAAACUGCCGUGUGAGGUCUUCUAUCGGGGUAAUCAUAAGGUGGUAUGGAUGAACCCCCAGAAAACUGUACUAACACGAAUGGAUCACCGGAUUAUAGAUGACAUGCGCAUUAGUGUAGAAAGACAUCUGUUACGUGAAUGGAAUCUCCAUAUAAGGAGUGUGGGUUAUGAGGACAAAGGCGAAUACACGUGCAGCAUUAAUACAGAACCUGUUCAGGAAAAACACGUGUUUCUGGAGGUACAAGUUCCUACAAAGAUAGUUGACGAGUGGUCAAGCCGAGACAUGACGGUCAGCGAGGGGGACACUGUAGAGCUGAUCUGUAACGCCACUGGUGUGCCUCCCCCUACAAUCUUAUGGUACAAACAGACCCAGUACUACGACUCCGCCGAGAAGAAAGCCAUUGUGGAGCCUGGCGAGAUUCUUGUCAUACACAACGUGUCCCGGUUCUGUGACGGCACGUUCGAGUGUGUCGCUUAUAAUGACGUAGGCCAUUCUGUAUCCCGAGAAAUCAACGUAGCCGUCGUCUUUCCACCGGAAGUAAUGUUGCGGGUCAAUCGAAUAGGUCAGUUUUUGGGAAAGGAAACAAUUCUUGAAUGUAUAAUCAGCGCGUCGCCAAUGACAACGAGCGUAUGGCUUCGUAAUGGUAAAGAAUUGAAGAACAGGUCUGGGAAGUUCCGAACGGAAGGUUACAGUGAGGGCCCUCACACCGUGACCCUCAACCUUCAUAUCAUUAACAUACAGCCGGAGGAUUACGGCAUCUAUAGUUGUUACGCCUCUAAUGCAUAUGGAGAGGACGUGGAAGAAAUGGUCCUUUAUGAGUACCCACGCCAGUCUCCGUCCCGCCCCCGGGAUAUCGCCACAGAGACCACGAGAAGUGUGUUCCCGUCGUCCAGGACAUCGUACACCGUAGCGCCCGGGGGUAUGCUCCUCAACGGAAAUAAUGUCCUUAGUGCUCCGAUGUCAAGAUCUUCCGGAACCUCUCUAAAAUUUUCAACGGAGAAUCGGAUAGCGUGCUUGUUUGUGAAAUUAGUACUAGUUUACAUCACAUUGUUUGUCAUGCCUCUUUAAUACAUGUCAUAAUCGAGAGUUAUCUGCCCUUACGCCAUUUUGUGCCAUUGGUUGUCGUUGUUGUUAUGGCAACUAUUCCAAAACUCUAAUACGCUAUCAUUUCGAGUCAAUGACUUAUUCGAAUAUGAAAAUAAAACGAUUCAAUUGGCUAAACAAUAAAUAUUAAAAAAAUAAAGCAAAGAAGAGCAGAAAUUGUCUGGCCAAUGGACACUUUAAUCAGAGGAAGAUUUGAUUGGCUGCCCAAUUAACAAUGGGAAUCUGGAACUGGAAGUGUUGCACGCGCUGCGCUGGACAAUGGAGGAAUCUGAUUCUUACAAGAAAGGAAUUUUAAUUCACUUAAGUGCGUGUAUUUAGGACAAGGUGAAAUGGGAUAGGUAUUGUGUCUGAGUAUUACCUGUAAUAUAGUCUCCAUGUCGACGAUCACGAUCCUGGAAUUAUUCAAGUCUUCUACACACCGCAUGAAAGACAAUCGGAGUGUCUACAAAAGUGAUAUAUUAAAAAAGUGAUGGUUCCGGUCGCGCAUGCGCACUUUAUAUGUAAUGAUUUGUUUGGAGGUGGUAUGGUAGGUAGGUUUUGUUAGUGGUUGGCCGUCUACUUGCUGGACAAGUUUUGAUAUCGUACAACAUGCUUUGUAUGUAAGUUAGACAGCUGUUGGUCAAAUAACUGCCAUCAUCUUGUUUUUGGAAACACUACUGAAAAUCUAAGAUCGCCACUUUUCUUGCCAAUGUUCAAUGGAUCACACUAUACGCAUGCGCACAGGCUGAAGAGAAUUAAAAGUAUGACUUUAUCAUGGACAAACAACUGUUCAGCCAUAUAUUGUCAAGAGACGUGUUUCUGUAUGAUACUUAUGAAUGGAACAAUAUGGGACAUCCUUUAAGAGAAUACUCCAUAUAUGGACGUGUAAUAUACGCAUUUAUGCACAUGCGCGUGUUCGAGUAAAGAGGUUGGUGACUAGAAAUAACAUAGCGGUAUAGUAUAUGAAUAUAUACCUAUGAAAUCUUCUACCUGUGCUUAUAGAUAUUGUAUAAUUCUACACGGCAUUUGUCGAUAGGUUGAUUCACGCGACUGAAAAUAGUAUCGUGAUUUCAUCAUUACGUCUUUCCUGUCGGUAAAGUCUUUUUUAACAAUUGUGAAAUUCCCUAUGGCAAAGUUAUCAGUGCAAAGGGAGACUACUCGUAGAAGAAUAGGUUACUAUCGAUGCUAUGACUGUUUUGCAUGUUUAAAUUUUAGAUUGUUUAUGUCUGACAUCUACGACUUAUUUAUUGUUCAGAGAAUGAUUGAAACAAAAACAAAAUGAAAAAUUCGCUACUUUUGAAAAAAAAAAUAUCUUUGAAAACGAUAGAAAAAAUUCGAUAUCCUAUCAUACCGUGGAGUCUUGUGGAUCGAGACUCAAACCACUCUGAAGUUCCUUUUUGUCGAGAACACAUAUCAUUGAACUGAAUGAGCUAUCUAGACAACUUCAAUCUCUAUUAAAUUAGUUAUUUUUAAUUAUAAUUAUAUAUUGCAGUAAUGUAAUAAAUAUACAUCAUACAAUGAUUCAAAAACAAAAACAGAGCAUCGAUAUUAAUUCGUUUCCUGACAUUCAUUUAACGGCUUUGGGACGUCAAUGUAAAAAACUUAUCGAGAAGAAAGUACGUCAUGCCUUAUUAAUCAAGGUAAUCAAUUUGGCAAAUCAAUUAAAAAAAUAUUUAAUUUGAAUUUUUCUAUUUCCUAUUGAUAGUCCCAUUACCACUGUCAAUCGCUGUUAUUACCCAUCGGAAACUGUUUUUAUGGCGUGACUAUAGCUUCUGAAAAGAAAACGAUAUUUUGCGUAACUUUUAUGAAAAUUUAUAAAGAUAAAAUGAACAAAAAAUAACAAACAGCAGUGUUCUGAGUGUAAAAAGGUAAUGGCAGUAGGCCGGAAUUCAAGCAGUAGGCCGGAAUUCUGGUGUUUGGAUUAAUAAACUAUCAUCACUAUCUAGUCAACGGGAGUGCCGUUUUUAUUCAUUUAUUUAAUAGAUUAUUUUUGGAUAAUGGACUUAAAAUGUUAAAGGGUUCGAUAGGAAACAUAACGAUUUCAUGACAAAUAUAUGCCUCUUUUAUUUCAAAAAUCAGACUGAUAAUAAUAAUUAAUCAUCUUAUAUAACUAACAUGUAUGUGAUGUAAAUUGUUGUUGAAUAUUACGGCUUUCCAUGUAAAUAAAUAUUGGCAAAACAAAUAGACAUGUACAUAUAUACUACAGUGUAAAUACACCUUGCAAGAGUGAGUGGUUGUUCGUGGUUAAAUGUACAGGAAUAGAAUUUCAGAAUAACAUAGCAAUAUCAAUCUCUUAUUUUAAUAGAGCACCGAGAGAAUUUUUCUGGACUUUAACAUUCUGGUGAAACAAAUUUCACUGCACACUGAUGUAUGUGAGAAACACGUGUGACUGUGAAACUGAUUACUGGGGCAAUGUAUUUGUCGAUCGAUUUCAGUCUAGUCUUACAUGUAACAACGGUAAAUACAUGUUUUUACUAGACACCCAAAGGUCGUGGCGGGCAAUCGGUUUAAAAUCAAAAUCGAUAACCGGUUUCUAACCGGAAGUAGUAAAUCGAUUGAUGGUCAAUUGCAUGAUUGGGUUAUUAGUUUUUUAUAAGAUUAUUAGUAGAUGUAUUUUCUUCACAAGAUUUAUAAAACCUCUGUGAGCAGAACAAGUCCAACUAAAAAAAGCUGUUUUGUGUCGUAAUUUAAUUAACUGGUUUCUACAUGUCGUCGAUGAAGUAGUUAACAGGUUACGUAUUUCAAAAUUCCAAAAAUUGUUUACUACACAAGAAUGAAAGGCUUAGCAUUAUUACAUAUUUCUUCCUAUCAUCUGUGUAUGUUUGUGUGUUAAAAACGGCAACGUUUGUUAAAAUUUAUCCUAACCUGAUGAAUGACUUUAAAAACUACCAAAUUCAAACAAAAAGUUAUUGCACAUAUUGUGUUCAUAAUUUGGACAUACAUGCUAUAUUAUUGUUACCUCUUGUUUCACAUUUUGGUGUGAGUGAGCGUGAAAUUAAAUAUUCAAUAUCAUGUUACACUUGGGUCUACUUGUUACAUCCGGGUGUGUUCGCUACAUCCGGGUUAUGUGUGUUUAAAUACAUGUUGCAUGCAUAUGCAUUAUAAUUUACCAGUUCAACUGUUAAUGAAUUAUGUAUAUCCGGCAUAAGUUUUCAACGUCCUGUUUUUUUAUAUUUGGACGUCUCUUGGUAUGAAACGUAUAGACUCGUUUUUAAUUUGUCCAUCUCGGUAUCAAACUAAGCCUCGUUUUGUAUUGGGACGUCUCGGCAUUACAUUAAGUUUGAUUAUUGAUGUAUUGAAAAAUAUACUAAUUUUCAUGCAAAUCACGUGACUAAUAGGUCGAAAACAUUGCACGUAUGUUUGUGUACGCGUUAUAUUGAAUUCAACUCCCUAAUUCUACAAUAAAAAGAAUUAAAAACGCCCAACGCUUCCAAAAUGUGUGCGCCAUUUUUGUAUAUGUCACGUUGCGAGGUUGUCAAGUGACUUAUAUAUGGAGACGUAUUGGCUGUUGUUGAUCUGCCAAUGGAACCUGUUGUUAUUGCUUUGACGUGAUUGUGCUUUAGGGAGAGUUUUUUUUAAAGCUUACACAAAAACUAGCAUCAUGAAGAAAAAAUGAUUCUUGCCGAUUUGGCCUUCCCAUGAUGCUUUGGAUUUUCGAAAUCCUCCGACAUUCUAGACUGACGUAGCUACUUGAACCAUAUUGGUACAUAUGCUACAGCUACUGUACACGUGAAAUAUUUCGCGGGGUGGUUAUUUUAGUAAUUUUAGACAGUGUGAAUCGGCUACAUUACUUUUGUGGGGAAAGAUAUACCAAAAAAUCAACAGCGAAAAUUACUCCCUCACUAGAAAGUGUAUGUUUGUAGUAUACAGCAACUAUACUGAGAAGAUUCUUAUAUAUUAUGUGUACAGCUUUUAAUAUACAUGUAUGUACUGUAACUAUACUGAAUCAUUCCAAUCGCUUACAGGGUAGGAUAAGUAUGUGUGCAAUCAUGCUUCAGUGUACGAUGGCACAUGUGCCUUACUAUGACUUUACUUAUAUCAUAUUUUAACUAUACUGAUACAAUACUGUAACUAUACUGAAUACAUACUGUAACUAUACUGAAUCCAUACUGUAACCAUACUGAUACCAUACUGUAACUAUACUGAAUCCAUACUGUAACUAUAAUGAUACCAUACUGUAACUGUACUGAAAACAUGCUGUAACUAUACUGAUACAAUACUGUAACUAUACUGAAUACCUACUGUAACUAUACUGAUACCAUACUGUAACUGUACUGAAAACAUACUGUAACUAUACUGAUACAAUACUGUAACUAAACUGAAUACAUACUAUAACUAAACUGACACCAUACUGUAACUAUACUGAUAUCAUACUGUAACUAUAUUUGUAUAAUAUUGUAACUAUGCUGAAACAGAUAAAAUACGUGGUAUCUAGAAAGUUAUCAUACUACAAUUAUACUGGAGGUAUAUAAUGUAAUAAUACUGUAAUUUUACUGGAACAAAUACUAAAGGUGGACUGUUUUUUUAAUAGUGAAUCGAGAUUGAACGUAUUCAUUAAAAAUACUGCAGGUAUACUGCCACUAAAACUGUAAGUACACUGUUAACAAUACUGUCAGUAUACUGUCACCAACACGGUAAGUAUACUGUUAACAAUACUGUCAGUAUACUGCCACUAAAACUGUAAGUAUACUGUAAAUAAUACUGUAAGUAUGCUGUUACAUAGAACAAUACUGUAAUUAUACUGUAAACAAUACUGUAAGUAUACUGUAAACAAUACUGUAAGUAAACUGUUAACAAUACUGAAAGUAUGCUGUUGCAUGUACUUACACUGUAAAUAUAAAUAUACUGGUACACUGUAACACAACUAGAAGUAUACUGGUAAGUUUGUAUAUGUCUGGAGCUAUUCUUGAGUCGGUAGAAAUGUUAAUGCAUUCAUGUUGAAUAUGAUAUUCUUUAUAUAAGACUUGUUCCUAACUGUGCAUGUGUUCUAGGCGACCCUGAAUCAUUAUUAUCAUGUUAUAAUUAUGCUUGAGAUAAUAUGACAAGAAUUCCUUUUACAAUAAAACAU